AUGAAAAUCAAAAACCUCCUGCUCAAAAAAAGAAAUAAUCUCUCAACGUCCUUCUGCCUGGAGUCAGAAACGAAUGUACUAAAGGACCACAUUCCGAUCCAUACGUUGAAAGAAAAUCACAAAACUAAAGUGUUCUACAGUUAUAACCUCGUAGAUGGUUAUAAAUACAAAAUAAUUAUCAAAAGGAAAAAAUAUAACUUAAAAAAUGCCAAACUUAUAAUUUCUUCACUGGACCAUCCAUAUAUCAUUAAGUUGAUUCACUGUUGUGAAUAUGCCUCUUCGUUCAUCAGCGUCUUUGAGUUUUUCUCAGACACAAAUUUAUACUCCUCCGUAAUUUUCUCCGCAAAAUAUGAUGAAAAGAGGAUAAAGAAUAUAGUAUAUCAGAUCAUACGAACGGUCCAUUACCUGCACUCAAACAACUUAGCACACAAGCAACUACUUCCCCAAAGUUUCCUCAUCAAAUCCGUGAAUAACGAAAUGAUGAUUAAAUUGGAAGACGUCCAUAAAAUUAAGACCUAUUCUUCGAGACCCAAUUCAAAAAUUAGGGGCCAAAACGUCUACAGCAUUGGACUGAUAAGUAAUAACAGAAAGAGGGAACCAAAUGUACAGGAGUGA